UUCCCUUCACAAGGUACAAGGGUUGAAAGUGAAAGGUAACUCGUUAGAGGCCUACCCGUUAACAACUUAACGUACGCUUUCAUCGACUAUUGUCAUGUUGUUAUGAAUUUGCCAUACACUCUUUUUAAACUUACUGGAAUACUGACAACGAGAUGUUUUUCGAUCUCGUGUCUUCUUUAAUCAAGUCCCAUAAGUCUAGAUUUAGACUUACAUGAGAGAGUGGAAACUGAUAAUACGCAGCUUACAAGUCUGACUUGACGGUUGCUUUUGGUUGGCUUGUAUUGCUGGUGCAACAACGGUAGUUCAGCGCAAUGUCUCUGUCAAAGGAUAUCGUGAAAUUCAAUGCUCACACCUCAGCGAGAGACAAGAUAUUCAGGUUUGUCCAAUAUGGGUCAAGACUUCUACUAUGGCAGCUCACAUACGGCUCGCCAGAUGUGCAGGGAGAGGUUGUGGCUCGACUGAGGAAACUGGAAAGUGCACUGAGUUUGUCUCGGAAAUUGUUCCGGCUUGGCAACAGCGUGGAUCUGGCCCACAAGGCUCUGGACUCUCUGUCCAUCCCUGAGACGGCUCUCAUGGUUCUGGCCGUCACAUCGCACAGCUUCAAGGCCAUUUGGUUGCUCAUGGACCACCUACUGUGGUUGGCCAAAGUCGGGCUGGUUAAGGUGGAUAAUGCCUUCUGGACACAGUGGUCAUUGCGAGCAUGGCUGGUUGCCCUCGCUGCCGCCAGUGCAUCGGAUGUGAUCAAGUUUGAGCGGGUUCACAAUCAACUGGACAAACACCGCAAGGAGAAUGGAGCAGACGCCAAAAUACCCAGGCAGUUGCAGCUGGACAUGCAUGCGGUGAGAAUGAACUUCUGGCGUGACUUCUGUGACCUGUUCAUCCCCCUGGGAGGACUGCGCUACGUGAGCCCGGGCGUGGCUGCUGUCUGUGGGGUUGUCUCCUCUGUCAUCGGCUUCACUCAGGAGUGGGAGAAACAUGUCCGACCUUUCCAGCCUGAUGUAUGAGCAGGCACGGCUACGCGGCUGAACAAACAGAUGUUGAAUUUUUAAGGGGGCUUGAAGGGAUUAUUUUACUUCCAUAUUUUGGAGCUCUUG